UCUGGGAGUUGGAGUUUUUUUUGUGGUGCCCAGAGCUGCCGGAAACCGGGGAUCCUCCUCUCGCCUUUCCCUUUCUUUCUGGGGGGGAGGAAACGGAGGAGGACUGCUUGGGAGCUGCGCCGGCACCCUGUGAAAUUGAAGAGCCUGUAAUGACAUCACACAAAUUGGUUAUUAAGUGUGGGAACUAUGCAAUCCUGGUAGAUGUCCACGUUACGCCCCAAGACUCCAGUAAAGACAAUGUUUGGUUUUCUGAUCAUAAGAAAGAGGAAGUCUGCAUGCUUCUCAAAGAGACUGUUGAUUCAAGAGUGCAACAAUACCUGAAAGCUCGUAAACGAUCUGGUCAGUCGAAGCAAAUGGAAUAUGCUAAAGCAACCCCUUUCUCUCUGCAAGCUGGUGACUUUCACAUUGAAGCCUACUUUGUCAAAAGAUGGGUCAAUCUGCGAUGUAUUUGGGGACAGCAGAGUAGAGAGUUGCGUGUAUUUCCGGACCGAUUUGUGAUUUGUGUCACAAGGCUUGAAUCCAGUCCACCUCCUUGGGUCAGUGAAAGUAUGGCACCAAAACAGCCUCUUUCCACUGGGACAUCUGGAUAUUUUGGAGAAUCAGCUGAAAAUGGAAAGUGCAAGAUUUCUCUGACUCAACAGGAAAAACAAGACAUCCUGAAAAAGAUAGUGAAGAGGACAAAAGCAAAGAAAACUAAUGAGAGCAAACCUCAGACCAGCAAGGACACCAUGAAAGUAUAUCUUGGCUCGCUUGCUCAGACAGGGAGUAGGAAGAAUGCAUUUCAAGCUCCUUCCAAUCCUGGGCCUGAAGCAAAAUGUGGGCGUUCAGCACAACCAAAGGAUUGCAUAAAUACAGCUGAGAGCAGCUUGGGGCUUCCUGUUUCAGAAUGGGACACUGAUGUGAACUGGAGACAGCCGAGCGAUGCUUGCAGCCAGCAAAAACUUCAUCUUGUGGCAUGGUUAGACACAGUUUCUACGCAGGAGCCCUCAGUGGUGGCUGUGAGUCAGCACUGCCCCUUCCAAACCAAAGUCAAAGGGUGACUGAAACAGCAGAAAUGCUGUUCUGAGCAUGCAGGAGGAGUGAGGGUGUCUCUGAGGCAGGAUCAGUCACUUCCCAGACAUGCAACAGGGCUGGUUCUUUGGAGCCAUCUUUUGGAGAAAUCCCCACCAAAUCCCACAUUUGUUUUUUAAGUGAGGCUUGGCAGGAUCUAUGUCUGAUGGAAGAGUUGCUUACUUAAAGAAAAAACUUCCCCCGAGACUUGUUUUUUGUGAGAAAUACUAUAGCUGUUGUGCAGACAAACCCAAGCCAACCGCAGUCACCAAAGAAUAACCCUUAAUGCUGCUUUCCCCUAUAUGCCAAGCCUGAAGAGAGAGACAUUUGAAAGGGUGGGGGCAGGGGACAGAAAGAAGAAAUCCAAAAAACAAGAAAACAAAUCCCUACAUUCAAAGGAAUGGGAAGAAACUAGUAAUGUUUUGUAUAAUUGUACAGAUGGUUGUGUCACUGUAGUUUUAUAUUUCGGCCCCAGACCUAUAUCUGCUUAGUUGCUCACAACCCAGUUUUCAUUGUUUAUUAUAAUAGCGAAUGAAAGAAAAUUUAUGACCCUUUGCCCAUCUUUUUCUUAGGUUUUAUUCCUGCUUUAUCAUCUAACUUUUCAGAGGCAAAAGGAAUUCAGAAGAAACACAGUAUGCUUAAAAUAUUAACAUAUUAGCACAACUAGCAGGUUGGGAAAAGAAAGAGUGAAUAGAGAAGAUGAAAUCAAACCACAUUUGUGUCUCAAUUCUACCUAAAUUGGCUUUAAGCUAAAUAUCCAUUAUUCGUUUAUUAUGCGCGUUGUCAUUUACUUGACUCAUUUUCCCUUCCUUCCUCUGCUGCAAUAAAUGUUUAUGAGGAAAUAAAACUCUGUCAGAAUUGCUUUCAUGAGGCUAAGAACCCUAGUGGCCACAAAACUCAUCAGUGCAAUUGAUCAUGGAAAGAAUAUACUUGUCUUGCUUUGUUUUCUUGUGCCUUUUGUCCUUCUUGAAGCAGCUCAUUUCAAGGGGAGGUUACUUUAUUUUAUUCUGACAAAAAAAAAAAACCCUAUGAAAUUGGUUAGGUUGAUCGAGUAUGACUAAUCCAAGAUCACACAAGUGACUUUUUUUGGCAAGCAGAAAUUCAUACCCAGAUUUUCAGUAUCUGAUACCAUUACAGCCUCCUGAUUGUGUGUCACCCUGUUCUGUCUAAGAAUGCUCACCUUUGAUGGUUUUGUUAUUACUAAUCAUAAAUCUUAUUUGGUUUUAAUUUGAUAUUUCAGCAGUAUUCAUUUUGCUUAAUCUAUACACUGCCUUUGGUACUUUCUGCAAAUAAAGUAAAGUAAUAAACAUAUGCAUAAUAAAAUUCAGCAGAGCUUCCAGGGAUGUGUGCUUCUAAAUUGUUGUUGUGAUUGAUUGAUUGAUUGAUUUUAUUGCUAUGUUGCCUUUCUCCCAAAGUGAGACCUAAAGCAGCUCCCCAAAAGAGCUACUAAAAAAACCAGAACAUUUUUUUAAAAAAAUUAAAAUCAACAUAAAACAGUGUAAAAUUAUUUUAAAGGCAUACAUAUUUUUUAAAAGAAAGAUAAUACCCACCCGAUCUCGUAGAAGACACACAGAUCCACCUCCUUGAACAGGAUUGGAAUAUCUUACUUCACAGUCGCUUUUUGAUACCUUGUUGUU